ACGUUGCAUCACAAGCUCAAGGGCCUGUCUUUGCUGUACCGACCUUGGCCUCUGCCGAAGAGGCCGAAGCUAGGUCCAAGGAGGCCUGGAUAAAGGAGGACAAGACCAGGGCAGGCAAGACCUGGGCCAACUAUGUCGAUACCAGGGCCAGCGAGCCUGAGACCGGGGCCCAAGCCAGGGCUAAUAAGGUGCAAGCCAGGGUCAACGAGGCUAACGCCAGGGCCAUGACAAUGAGGUGGAAGCCAGGGCCACCGAGGCUGAAGCCAAGAUGGAGCACGUUGAGACCAAGACAGACCUGACAGGGGUACGCUGAGGCUAGGGCGGCCGAGGCCAGUGCACAGGAGGUCGAGGCUGUAACGUGGCGUCGUCUGCAUCCGGACGUAAGGUGUGCCACCCCUUGUUGCGGCUAUGGAGACUCGUGGAGUGGCAGGCUCUGUUGUUCAAGAGGAUGUUGUGGAGAACAUGGCAUCUCUCGUGCCCUGCUUCGUCCUGCUUGCCGCCUCCUGCCGGGCGGGCUACUUGGCGCCACAUGUUUACCACGCUGCCACCGUCCACGUCCCCGUAGCCACUACGGUGGUUCGUCAGCCCGUGGUAGAGCACCACAGCGAGGUGGCCUACGUGCCACCCCACGCCCAUGGGUACACCAUCAGCCAGCAGAAGCUCGUCCACCCCAAGACCACCGUCACCAAACACGACCCUUUCUUCGGCACCUACCACCAGGCCGAGGUGCACCACGCUCCAGUGGUGACCGGUUCUCACAGUUCUGUGCACCAAAGCCGAGGUGGACACUUCGUGCACCGCCCAGUCGGCACCAUCGUCUACUAGGCCGUCCUCAGCACCGGAAUCUCAUUUUGCUUAGCCGAAUAACAGAAAUUGAGAGCUGAAUAAAUGCGUACCACUCCUGCUGGGCGCGAGUGACGUUC